AGAAUAGAUACUUCAAGUUUCAUGAAUUAUCAUUGAAUCCUGCAGUGCUGUCAAACUUUCGGCCUAUCGAUUUUCCAAGAAUAUAUUAAUUUGAACCUGAAUUUCUAAAGAUCUAACAACUUUUCAUUCUGAUUCUCAUUUAAAAGAGCCAAGAUGACUGAUUCGAAAUAUUUUACAACCACCAAAAAGGGGGAGAUUUUUGAGCUAAAGUCCGAGCUAAACAGUGAUAAAAAAGAAAAAAAGAAGGAAGCUGUAAAGAAGGUCAUUGCAUCUAUGACUGUUGGAAAAGAUGUGUCAGCUCUAUUUCCCGAUGUAGUAAACUGUAUGCAGACAGACAAUCUUGAGCUGAAGAAGCUGGUGUACUUAUAUUUGAUGAAUUAUGCCAAGUCACAACCAGACAUGGCUAUUAUGGCAGUCAACACUUUUGUCAAGGACUGUGAGGACUCCAACCCACUGAUCAGGGCGCUGGCUGUGCGGACCAUGGGUUGCAUUCGGGUUGACAAGAUUACCGAGUACCUUUGCGAACCUCUGCGUAAAUGUUUGAAAGAUGAGGAUCCUUAUGUGAGAAAGACGGCAGCUGUAUGUGUGGCUAAGCUGUAUGACAUAUCAUCCAGCAUGGUUGAAGAUCAGGGAUUCUUAGACCAACUGAAGGACUUGUUGAGCGACUCAAAUCCAAUGGUAGUGGCUAAUGCGGUCGCUGCCCUUUCUGAGAUUAAUGAAGCAAGUGUAUCUGGACAACCUUUAGUUGAAAUGAACGCGCCCACCAUCAACAAGCUGCUGACCGCUUUAAACGAAUGCACCGAAUGGGGCCAAGUGUUCAUACUGGACGCGCUGUCCAACUACUCGCCGCGUGACGCGCGCGAGGCUCACUCCAUAUGCGAGCGGAUCACGCCGCGACUGGCGCACGCCAACGCGGCGGUCGUUCUGUCCGCUGUGAAGGUGUUGAUGAAGCUAAUGGAGAUGGUCAGCGAAGACACCGAACUAGUGGGAACUCUGUCGCGCAAGUUAGCUCCGCCUCUGGUGACUUUACUGAGUGCUGAGCCAGAAGUACAGUACGUGGCGUUGAGAAACAUUAACUUGGUGGUGCAGAAACGACCGGAAAUAUUGAAGCAUGAGAUGAAGGUGUUCUUUGUGAAAUACAACGAUCCUAUCUAUGUAAAACUGGAGAAAUUGGAUAUCAUGAUAAGACUCGCCUCUCAAGCGAACAUCGCUCAAGUGCUCGGAGAAUUAAAGGAAUAUGCAACUGAAGUCGACGUGGACUUUGUCAGGAAGGCAGUGAGAGCCAUCGGCAGAUGCGCUAUCAAGGUGGAACCGUCAGCCGAGCGUUGCGUAUCGACUCUUCUGGAAUUAAUCCAGACCAAAGUGAACUACGUAGUGCAAGAAGCGAUCGUGGUGAUAAAGGACAUAUUCCGAAAGUACCCCAACAAGUAUGAAAGCAUCAUUAGUACUCUGUGCGAGAACUUGGACACACUGGAUGAACCGGAAGCCAGGGCUUCUAUGGUGUGGAUUGUUGGUGAAUAUGCGGAACGUAUUGAUAAUGCAGACGAGUUGCUCGAUUCUUUCCUUGAAGGAUUCCAUGAUGAGAAUGCACAGGUUCAGCUACAGCUACUCACAGCCGUGGUGAAGUUGUUCCUGAAACGUCCGGCCGAUACUCAAGAAUUGGUACAACACGUGCUCAGUCUGGCCACACAGGACUCUGAUAACCCGGACCUUAGGGAUCGCGGUUUCAUAUACUGGCGUCUUCUAUCCACGGAUCCCGCAGCCGCUAAAGAAGUGGUAUUGGCCGAUAAGCCGCUCAUAUCCGAGGAGACAGAUCUUCUGGAGCCGACCUUACUGGACGAGCUCAUCUGCCACAUCAGCUCGCUGGCAUCCGUCUACCAUAAACCACCUACGGCAUUCGUAGAAGGUCGCGGGGCAGGAGUACGCAAGUGUCUGCCUUCCCGCGGAGCCGUCUCCGAAGAAACCCACGCCCCACAACCCACUGUCAUACCCAACCAGGAGUCGUUGAUCGGCGAUCUGUUGUCGAUGGACAUCGGGGGUCCACCACCAGCGCCCGCGCCCGCUUCAAACCUGGAUCUACUCGCCGGCGGACUGGACGUUCUCUUGGGAGGAAGUGCCCCAGAACCAUCCGCAUCGUCUAACACGACAGGUCUAUUGGGAGACAUAUUCGGAGUGGCUGCGACUCCUGCCUCACAUAUACCGCCAAAGCAGUGCUGGCUGCCCGCUGACAAGGGGAAAGGCUUAGAGAUUUGGGGCACAUUCAGUCGCCAGAACGGCCAGCCGCGCAUGGAAAUGACUUUCACCAACAAAGCUAUGCAAGCGAUGAGCGGAUUCGCCAUACAGCUCAACAAGAACAGUUUCGGCGUAUACCCCGUGGGAGGAUUAUCCGUGGGAGCUUUACCGGCCGGGGGCAGCGCCGACGCGACUCUAGCGCUGGCCACCACCGGGCCCGUGCAACGUAUGGAGCCCCUCAACAACCUGCAGGUGGCGAUUAAGAACAACGUGGACGUAUUUUACUUCGCGUGUCUGAUGCCAGCGCAUAUCCUUUUCACUGAAGACGGACAGCUGGACAAACGCGUAUUCCUUACUACAUGGAAGGAAAUCCCUGCAGCUAACGAAGUACAACAUUCCCUAUCAGGAGUUUCCGGCACAGCCGACUCCGUAGCCCACAAGAUGACUCUAAACAACAUAUUUACCAUCGCCAAAAGAAAUGUAGAAGGCCAAGACAUGCUCUACCAGUCUCUGAAACUCACCAACAAUAUAUGGGUCUUACUAGAACUCAAACUACAACCUGGCAACCCAGAAGCCACGUUAAGUUUGAAAUCUCGAACAGUUGAAGUCGCCACUUGCAUAUUCCAAGCGUACGAAUCUAUCAUCAAAUCGUAAUCUCGUCCUGAUCAAGAAUAAAAUUAUGUAUAUGUUGAAAAGUAUUGUUAUGUAAGUUAUGUAUCGAAGACUUUAUACUAUUGUAAAUUCCAUGUUAGAUAAGUUCGAGUCUAUGAAUGAUUAGAGGAUUUGAGUAGGAGCUGAGUGCAAGUUUUGAGGUCGGUCACUGAUCCUAUUAUUAAAUUAAAUCAUGCUAUAUAAGAGUUAAUAAAUAUUAUGUUAUCUUACAACUUAACAUCGUGUUAUUAUUUCAAUGGAAAAAAACUAUUAAAAGUAGUGAAAUCUCAACAGUUUUAUCGUUGGUUCAUCAUGAUCACAGCCUAUAAGGCCCCGUAUAAAAAUUCGUUUGGGGGCCCUUAGGAAGGGUAAAGAUUUCUCACAAAAGAAAAAAUGCAUAAAAUUAAAAGAAAUAUUUAUUCAUCGUCACUCGUUAGUCAUCUUCUGUCUGUCACAUUUUCCAAAAAUUUUAUACAAACAAUUCAAAUUGAAUAUACACUCUCCUUACCUUAUUUUCGGCACUGAUUUAUUAAAUCAUUUAUAGCUGAAUAUGAUGACUUUAGUUUUUCUAAAGUUUCUGCCUCCACGGACAAUAGUGACUCCGUGGUUUAUCUACGUAUCGCAUGUACAUCGAUUAUUCUGCGCUUCCCGUAAAUAACUUAAACGGGGAAAUACCGCAGCCCGCGAUUACCGAUGUAGGGUGUUGCCAAAGCACGCUUCACGUGGUUUUCCGCGUUUCUUUUGAAAAGAAAUUACUUUUAUUUUCUUUUGUUCUUUCCGAAAAAAAAAAUUUGGGAAGUUUUUAUUAAUUUUUGCUUAAGCCCGUUGGGGGCCCCGUAUAAUUGAUACGACUGAUACGGCGGUAGCUACGCCACUGGUUCCCACUGCUGGGGCUCAGGCCUUCUCUAUGGAUGGAAAAGGGGGGGUGGGCCUUAACUCACCAUGCGGGCCCAAGCGGAUUGGUGGGUGCUAAUGACUGCAAAUGCAGCUGGGAUCAACGACUUAACGUGCGUCCAACUAGUCCAGGAAUUUUAGCACCAAAAAUCGGUCCGCUCUGCAUAAAAUCCUUCUACGUGAUUUUUUGAUUGGAUUAUAUCAGAGGGUGCCCCCUAAGUAUAAAACCGAGUUUC